GUGAGACCUGUUCAUACCCCUGAUGCGAUGAAUUCAGCUUUAACAGAGCAGCUUCAAGCCUAGUUGGGUGUCUGUGGCUAAGAUGCAUUGCUUUGACGCUCGGGAUGUAAACAUGACAUGGCUUGCACGAGCUUUCACAGGGAACCUGCAGGUUAUAUCAAAUGCCACAUUUAUUCAAGCUGUGACGCUACACACAUUCCACAGAUACUUUACGAAUUUUAAACGCUUCGCGCUGCCCUCGGCCGGGGCAAUCUAAUCUGAUUUGGAGGCUUCCUUUGAUCUCCGGUCUUACUCCAGGGCCAGGCAAGUAAUGCGCGAAAUUAGCUGUGCGAAAGUAUCAGAUCUGGCACAGGACAGCCACAGAGGUCCAAGCCAUGAAGGGGCUGGGUCUCUUCAGGGCAGGCAGCUGGAGAGCCACAGGCCCCAUGCCCUCAGUUUGCUCUUCGCCUAGCCAGCCCGCUGGCCCUUAGGGCUACUCGCACAGGCGGCUGAGCAAAGCCGUUUGGCUGGCUGCGUGCCCCUGUUACAUGCCCCGUUACAGAGACCGGGGCCACCCGCCCCCCUUUUUGCCAUUGUUACGUUGAGUCUACUGAGACUUGUCAAACUAUGACUUUCCCGUUGCCCACCUGCGUAGCAAGGACCUCCGUUACAUCAUAUGGCUACGGAAGCGGGGCUGUUCCCCAAGAGCUGAGGGUGGGGGCUCGCUUCAGGGCAGCUGCAGCAGCUGGAGAGUAGCGCUUAGACUCGCCGAAGCCCCAAGAACAUUCGCGCAACGUUGCAGCCAGGUUUCAGGAACAAGGGGCUGGGAUUGGCUGAAGCUGGGGCUGGGGCCUUGCAGCCGUAGUCCGAAGCUAGUGUGGAGCUCGCUUCAGGGCAACUGGAGGAUGCGCGCGGCAUGGGUUUUGCACAAAGGCCAAGGCCUCGUGUCAGUUGAAUGUCGCAGGAUCUUCUUCAAUUGAGCGAGCGUCUUGUGCGCCACCUAAGCGUGUGCCUCGGGUUAUCAGCACAGACUUUUUCUGUGCCGCACACUUCCUGUUUGCCAUCACGAAAAAAAGAGAAUGCGCAAGGCCUUGCCCGCAUUCUUGUCACUCACCACGCCUUGCUGGACAUGUUGGAUGACGUUGCGAGCUCCUACCAGGCGUUUCUCAUCGAUUCUGGGGCCAUGUAUAUUGAUUUGAGACAGCAGCUAGAGGAAGAAAAAGGGGCGAUUGACUACACUCGGCACAUGAUGGCAGUGACGUUGCACGACAUGGAGGACAGCCAGGGAUGCAAGCUUGGUGCACGCACACCGCUAGGGCGCUGCAACAGAUUCUCAGCGCUCGGCACAGCCCUAUCACCAUGGAAACACACUGGUGUGUCUCGAGAAGACACUGCGCGGGCAUUGCGCGCAACGGAGGACGAUUCUGUUUUGAACGCGUUGCACUUCCGGCUGGUCGAGCAUCCACAGAGCGAAUUGCAGCUUCUUGCGCCCAACCCAGACAAGGUCCUGGUCGCAGAGCUCGUGGAUUGCCUCGCCAACAUCUUUGUCCCACUUGCAGCUGUGCUUGCAGGCGUUCCAAGACUGGAAUUCGUGGUGGCUCUUGGAGGAGCACCGCGUUUGCCACGAGCUGGUACCUGGACGGAUGUGCCACCUCCGCUUUUCAGCUUCUGCAAUGGUGAUGCUGGAUACUGGGAUAUACCACUGCCUGAAGGGCUGUGUCAGCGAUGGAACCCAUGUAUCAACACCACCGAGGCAAGCAAGGUCCGGCCUUUGUCUGACGAGGAGCAGCGCUGCUACGUCUUCCGCUUGCUGAGCCAAUAUUCAGAACUUCUUCGCUACAAUCCCCAAGACCAUGCAUCGGAAGCAAAGGCUGUCGUGAAAGCUUGGCACCUACAAGUUGACUCUUUGCUAGAAGACUCCCUUCCUCACUGCGCACAGCUGAUUGAUGUGGCAGCAUCCUAGCACUGCCUCAGUGUCAGGCUCAGCAAAGAUGGCCAUGCAUGCAGACCACGUAUCUGGACUCCGUCAUCCACGAUGUCAGGAUUGUGACUCAACUAUGCGUGACAACUACAACUACAAGACGAUCUCAGGAUCUCUCAACGAGAUCUUCGACUUGACAGCCACCUGUGAACGUGUUUCAAGGUCAAGAUGGACUGCUGGAAAGGGUUCGCAGUUCACAAACAAGGGCAUCCUUGCCUACCACCACCGAGAGCAGAUUCCAACCGGCGCCAUCUGGCGGCAG